AUAGGAUGCAAGACAGAUUCUACAUGAGCGUGGCAACUCUUUGGAAGCAAAAUGAUCAAAAUUGUAUAAGCUGGUUUCCAAUAUAAAACCAACGACUAGUUUUUGUUUGAUUCAUGGACAAAGACAAUAACGGAAUAUGGCAGAGUCCAUAGUAGACUGCAUGGGCUUACAUUAAUGUUGCAGUAUGUGAAGCGAAAAAAGCCCAAUGGGCGUCAAACCGCUUUUUAUCGCGAUUUGUAAUCCGCCAAACGCGCGUUAUUUGCGGCCACGAUUACGGACUUCAAAUCAAACUAUUUUAGAAAGUCGUAGGAUUCUCGAUCUCUCUCUCUCCGUCUAGAAAACAGUGGCGAAGAAGAAGGAAGUGAGAAUGAGCUGUGCAACCGUAACUGUGAACUGGAAACACACUAUCCCCUACCUAACCCUAAUCAUAUCUCUUCUGUACUCCAUCGAAACCCUCAUCUCGCACAAACUACACGUCAACCACAGCCAAAUCCGCCUCAAAAGGUCUCCGAAUCUCCCUCUACGGUUCCGCGACGACGGCACCUUCAAAAUCCUCCAGGUCGCGGAUAUGCAUUUCGGAAUGGGGAGCAUUACUCGAUGCAGAGAUGUGGCGGAUGCAGAAUACGGUUACUGCUCUGAUCUCAAUACCACUCGGUUCCUUCGGAGGAUGAUUGAAGCUGAGAGACCAGAUCUCAUCGCAUUUACUGGGGAUAAUAUAUUUGGAUCAAGCACUACUGAUGCAGCGGAAUCUCUUCUUCAAGCCAUUGGUCCGGCUAUUGAAUAUGGAAUCCCAUGGGCUGCCAUUUUAGGAAAUCAUGACCAGGAAUCCACUAUGAACCGUGCAGAGCUGAUGACUUUCCUCUCGCUUAUGGAUUUUUCUCUCUCUCAAAUCAAUCCACCUCUCGAAGAUGGCGCGGAAAGAGGCGCAUUGAGGUCAAUUGAUGGCUUUGGGAAUUACCGCCUCAGAGUAUAUGGUGCACCUGGUUCUGUUCUGUCAAAUAGCACCGUCUUUGACCUCUUCUUUCUUGACAGUGGAGAUAGAGACACUGUCCAAGGUAGACGAACAUAUGGAUGGAUCAAGGAUUCUCAACUUAGUUGGCUUCAAGAUGCUUCUAAACAGGGUCUUAAACAGAACAUGGGAAACGUUCCCAGUAACCCUGAUCCAGCGCUAGCCUUCUUCCACAUUCCAAUCCCGGAAGUCCGUGAUCUGUGGUACACACCCUUUAUUGGCCAGUUUCAGGAGGGUGUGGCGUGCUCCAUCGUGCAAUCAGGAGUCUUAAAUACUUUUUUGUCCAUGGGAAAUGUAAAAGCCGCGUUCAUAGGACACGACCAUGUCAAUGAUUUCUGCGGAAAUCUAAAAGGGGUAUGGUUUUGUUACGGUGGAGGAUUUGGAUACCAUGCAUAUGGAAGACGAAAUUGGCACAGAAGAGCGAGACUGAUUGAGGCUAAGCUCGGGAAAGGAAAAGACACGUGGACAGGAGUUCAACGUAUCAAGACGUGGAAACGUCUAGACGAUGGAGACUUGAGCAAGAUAGACGAACAAGUCCUAUGGGAAGCUUCCUACUCGUUUCUGAAGUGACCUAGGGACAAGGCAAAUAAGUAAGGAUACAACGCUGGUGUGUAUAUUAUUAACUGGAAACCUACGUUGUUGUCUCCCGAGAGCUUGGUCUGUCUCAUUCUAGUUUUAUCACUGCCCUUUUCUAUAUAAAGCUCACAGGUCGAGAGAGACAAGAGACACCACAUAAACGAUCAGACAGUUGAUUAGAGAGAACUCUGUCGGAAAAUGGAUAACGUCGACCAAGAGUUCAACAAUUACUGGGAAACAAACUCCUUCCUCCAAAACGAAGACUUCG